GGCCUUUACUCUUUUCCCUUCCCAAGUUUCAAUCAAUUUCUUCGCUUCUUCGUUUCUUCCUAUGACAUUUUGAGUUUCGUUUCUCAGGAUUUGCCUUUUCUUUCUUUCCUAGAAGCUGUAAUGGCUGUGGAGCUCAUGGGGUUCCCCAAAAUCGACGAGCAGAAGGCAAUCCAGGAGGCUGCAUCGGAAGGCCUGAAGGGUAUGGAACACCUGAUCCGUCUUCUCUCUCACCAGCCCAAUAGGAUGGACUGCACUGACCUCACCGAUAUCACCGUUUCUAAGUUUAAAAAGCUCAUUUCCCUCCUCAACCGUACCGGCCACGCCCGCUUCAGGCGAGGACCCUUACCUUCCUCCCCGUCUUCUUCUACCGCGCCACCGCCGCAGCCCUCCAUCUCGAUUCCUCAAAUGCAUACAUUUAGCCUGUCUCCGCCACAGUUCACCUCUCCGGCUACCGUGUCUCCGAGUCCUGUUGUAAAUCAGGCUCCUAUGCAGAACGCGCCUUCGAGUUUCGUUCAGUCUCAGGCGCCGCAGAGUUUGACUCUUGAUUUUACCAAGCCUAGCAUCGUAAGCUCCAAGACUAAACCCCCAGAGUUGGAGUUCUCGAAGGAAACCUUCAGUGUCUCGUCUAAUUCGUCGUUUAUGUCGUCCGCAAUUACUGGAGACGGAAGCGUCUCGAACGGAAAGCAAGGUUGCUCCCUCUUCAUGACUCCGGCGGCACCGACAGUGUCCGGUGGAAAGCCACCUCUGUCCUCGGGGCAGUUCAAGAAAAGAUGCCAUGAGCACCGCGACCGCUCCGACGACGUGUCGGGGUCCAGCAAAUGUCACUGUGUUAAGAGAAGGAAAAAUCGGGUGAAGAAGACGGUGAGGGUGCCGGCGAUAAGUUCAAAGGUUGCCGAUAUUCCGCCGGACGAGUACUCGUGGAGGAAGUACGGUCAGAAGCCGAUCAAGGGGUCACCAUACCCACGAGGUUACUACAAGUGCAGCACAGUGAGAGGGUGUCCGGCGAGGAAACACGUGGAACGGGCGACGGAUGAUCCGGCGAUGCUGAUCGUGACGUACGAGGGGGAGCACCGACAUGUGAUUCAGGGUGCGAUGCAGGAGAACGUGGCCGGGAAUGUGGGUUUGGUGUUCGAGUCAACGUGAGGUGGUGGUGAUGGAACAGAACAAGAUUAGGGCAGAUAUGACUUCCUCUUUCUAUUUUUCUAUAUUUUCUUCUCGGGUUUUUUGUGGGGUAGGUGAUGAGAAAAGGAGUUGAAGGGGUUGGAUUGUAAAUUUGGUUUUGAUCUAGAAAAUUAUGAAUAUGAUGAUAAGAGUUGAAAAUUUGGAA